AAUACCUGACGUCAUAUGUGUGCGACAAGUGUGGUUGUCUAAUAUGGCAGCCUCCUUUCAGGCAUGUGUGUGAUGUUUUGAUUUACAAAUAUAAAAUUGAAGCUGGCAAGCAUGGGUAAAAUAGUGGAUGAAAUCGCGGACAGCAGCGGAAUAGAAGUGAUUAUUGAAAGCGACAAAACGGCACCACGGUGUCCACAUGGACCAACUCUGUUAUUUGAAAAAACUAGCAAUGGAGCGGGGAAAGGAAGGAGGUUUUACGCGUGUUCGGCUUGUCGAGACAGGAAAGACUGCCAUUUUUUCCAAUGGGAACACGAGAAGAUAUCAGAGGCAAGAAUGCUUGCCAGAGAGGAACAGAACCACUCCAAGAUGCCCCUUUUCACUCAUAAGGAAUACUGCUCAAGAUUCAGAGAGUUUGUUUCACUGCCGCUGGAGCAGAGGAGAUUCUGUGUGGAUUGUCAGCUGUUGAUCCUGCCAGGGGAAUGGGCCAAUCACACAAAACACAAAACACUUUCAGAUGACAUCACAGUACAGAGGCUGAGAAGGCCCAGUCAACUACUGUGUCCCCUGGAGAACAAGAAGUGUAAUGCACAAUAUCUGUUUGCUGACCGCAGCUGCCAUUUCCUCCUGGACAUGCUCUCUGGGUUAGGUUACCACAAAAUUCUCUGUGUGGGGACACCAAGAUUACAUGAGUUAAUUAAGUUGCGGAACAUGGAGGGAAAGAGUCAUACCAUGAAGAGUUUAUUGCUGGAUAUUGAUUACAGAUACGGCCAGUUUUAUGGGCAAGAUGAGUUCUGCCACUAUAACAUGUUCAACCAUCACUUUUUUGAUGAAGAGGAAGCGGUGGUGUUUUUUCAAGACUUUCUGUGUGAGGAAGGAGCAGCAAAGGUAGUCAUGGUAGCAGACCCUCCUUUUGGAGGCCUAGUGAAGCCACUAGCCAGCAGUUUCUUCAAGAUAUCAAUGACCUGGAAAAAGCUUCAGAAUAAUGAGAGUGAUGCAGCUGAGAUGCCGAUUAUCUGGAUAUUUCCGUACUUCUUUGAGUCUCGUAUCCUUGAGUGUUUUCCCUCCUUCUCCAUGUUGGAUUACCAGGUUGAUUAUGAUAAUCACCCUCUAUAUAAACAUGGCAAGACCGGCCGGAAACAGUCACCAGUACGACUGUUCACCAAUCUGAGUCCCAAAGAAAUCAUUCUACCUGAGGACGAGGGUUACAGAUUUUGCUGUGUUUGUGAAAGGUAUGUUUCAGCAGGAAACAAGCAUUGCCCGAAAUGUGACACAUGCCCAUCAAAGGAUGGGCGAGAGUGGAGACAUUGUGAUGAAUGUGCACGGUGUGUGAAGCCUUCGUGGCAUCAUUGUUCCUCAUGUGCUCACUGUGCCCUUCCUGAUCACCCUUGUGGGCAGAGCCAAAUAGGCUGUUACAACUGUGGCAGCCAAAACCACAAACUCAGAGCCUGCCCUAAGAAACACAAUAAACGCAGAAUGCAAGUGAGGGGUGGCUGUGGAGCUCAAGGCUUGUCCAAACACAUUGCCAGCAAAUCCACUGCUAAAAGCAAGAGGAAAAGAACAGUUACAUGAUCUUACAUGCAGUGCACCAUGGGAUUAAUUGUUUUGCAGCUCACCAAAAAUUGCACCAAAAUCACAGUGUGAAAUGAGAGCUUAGUGUUAAACCAACUUUUUUUUUAUUUUAUGUAUCUUGUCUCUGCUCUGGUUAGACAAACUACCAAAUUGCAAGCUGAUCCUACACUAGGCUUGCCUCAGUACAGUUGACAUCUUGUGUGAACAACCAAAUCAACAGUGUCUGUGUAACGGUCCAAAGAAGCUUUAUUCCAGCUUACUUGUCUUAAACAGUGGCAAUCUAUGUAUAAAACCUCUGAAUAGAAUUACUAUGGUCUAUACAAAAUUUAAAAUGUCACAUUUUGUCUUCCAUGAAAAAGAUAGAUUUCUAUUAAAUGUAAUAAAUGGACAUUUAAACUUUUUUUUUUUUUUCAAAGAAAGUAAUACCUUAAAAUCAUGUCAUACUUUAAAGGAUUGAGAUUUUUCUGCUUUUAAAAACCAAAACAUUUUUGUCAGAAAUUGCCAGUUUCUAGAAAUAUUCAUAUUGUGCUUAUUUAACAACAACAAAAACAGACUAUUUCUUACUUCUUCAGUUGGCUUGAAUUAUAAAUAGUCUUGAAGUUGCUUCUAGUCAGUGAAGAUGUCAUUCUUCAUUACUGGGAUUACUUGUACUUUUUUGCUUCCAAAAUGUAGAGCAAUAUACAAUGCCUAGUGUUAUUAAAAACUUCUCCAGCUAA